UGAGAUUGGGUGUGGACUGUGGUUUUGCAUCCUAUUCAUAGAUGACGCCCCCCCACCCCUUUUUAAAUCCUGAGAUGUAACCAAGCCAGGGAGAAAUGGUUGCAUAAGUCUUGAUCAUCUCCAAGGUUAGGCCCAUCUCCGUCCUCCCUCCUAGCACUGUUUAAGGUAGCCUGCAGCGCUGACUUUCUUCCUGGGGCUUGUCCCCCACGCCCCAGUCUAAAAGCAUCCAUUAAAAAAAAAAAAAAUCAAGAUAGGUUUUUUUGGGGUUUUUUUUUGUUGUUGUUGUUGUUGUUUUAAGCCCAGGAUUAGAACUGGUUGAUGCUUUCUUGCUAGUGUAAGCUGGGCAACCAGACGGGCUCCUGCCCUUCGUUCCCAAGGCUGCUUGUUCCAUCUGUCACACCCAACCAAAGGUCUCUGGGAAUCGGUUUUAUUGAAGCAGGAAAUGAGAAGCCGGGUGAAAUAUCAGUUUUCAAAACUGGCCCUACAUCACAGGUUGGGGCUGCAAACUCUGACACUUGGUGCUUUUUGGGGGGCCAGCACUCUGACCUUGUCCUGUUGGGUUCCAAGAAUCGCGGUGAACCUUCCUGGUGGCCUGCGGGUGGGAUGGAUUCGUGCGCAGAGCCUCUCCCAAUGGCCUUGCUGGGGUCAAGGAAGGUUUUCACUAAAACUGGAAAUGCUCACAUGGAGCCUUCAGUCCCAAGUCACCCAGCCGGGUCCUGAAGGCUGGGACUGGAUCCGUGCCUUCCGGACGAGAAAGCCUCCUUUCGGGAGGGUAGGCAGUAGGAACACAAGCCUAGAAGUCGGGCGUCCCGCUCGGAAUUCGUCCGUUACUGUGUGAAACAUGCGCGGGGCACACGGUCCCUCGUGUAGAGGGAAUCCUCCCAGUUUCACAGAGAAGGUUCAGGACAAAGGCAUCUUGGGGAUUAGAACCCAGGGCUCCUGCCGCCCGGUCCCCGCUCUCUCCGCGCUGCUGGCGCGGGCUCGGAGCUCCCCCGGCUUCCCCGCAACUCUACCCGGGGCCAGGUGAGGGCUGUCCUCGCCUCUCGUCACGGAGGCAGAGAUGCCCCCACCUGGGGCUUCUCGAAGGCUGAGGGGUCGCAGGUGUGCGGCGGGGCCGCGCGCGUCCGCGAUUGGUGCGCCGGGCUUCGGGGGCCGUAAAAGCCGGGGGCCGACGCGGGUGGGAAGAGCCCUGCCGCCCCGCGCGUCCCCGCUGCCGAGGCUCCCGCCGGGGUGAGCGCACCCGGGCGCCGAGCGCGGGGCCGCGCCCACCAUGAACGCCAGCGGCCCGGGCUACCCGCUCGCCUCGCUCUACGUGGGCGACCUGCACCCCGACGUGACGGAGGCCAUGCUCUAUGAGAAGUUCUCGCCCGCCGGCCCCAUCCUGUCCAUCCGCGUGUGCCGCGACGUGGCCACCCGCCGCUCGCUGGGCUAUGCCUACAUCAACUUCCAGCAGCCCGCCGACGCGGAACGGGCACUGGACACAAUGAACUUCGAGGUGAUCAAAGGCCAGCCCAUCCGAAUCAUGUGGUCCCAGCGAGACCCAGGACUUCGCAAGUCUGGUGUGGGCAACGUCUUCAUCAAGAACCUAGAGGACUCCAUUGACAACAAGGCCUUGUACGACACCUUCUCCACCUUCGGGAACAUCCUCUCUUGCAAGGUGGUGUGCGACGAUCAUGGCUCUCGAGGCUUCGGCUUUGUCCAUUUUGAGACCCACGAUGCUGCACAGAACGCCAUCCGCACCAUGAACGGGAUGCUGCUGAAUGACCGCAAAGUCUUCGUUGGCCACUUCAAGUCCCGACGGGAGCGGGAGGCGGAGCUGGGAGCUCGGGCCUUGGAGUUCACCAACAUCUACGUGAAGAACCUCCACGUGGACGUGGACGAGCGUUGCCUGCAGGACCUCUUCUCCCAGUUUGGGAAGAUUCUGAGUGUCAAGGUGAUGAGGGAUGACAGCGGCCACUCCCGAGGCUUUGGCUUUGUCAACUUUGAGAAGCAUGAGGACGCCCAGAAGGCGGUGACAGACAUGAAUGGGAAGGAGGUGAGCGGGCGGCUGCUCUAUGUGGGCCGGGCCCAGAAGCGGGUGGAGCGGCAGAAUGAGCUGAAGCGCAGGUUCGAGCAGAUGAAGCAGGACCGGCUGACCCGCUACCAGGGCGUGAACCUGUAUGUGAAGAACCUGGAUGACUCCAUCGAUGACGAUAAACUGAGGAAGGAGUUUGCUCCCUAUGGAAUGAUCACCAGUGCCAAGGUGAUGACAGAGGGUGGCCACAGCAAAGGGUUUGGCUUUGUGUGUUUUUCCUCUCCAGAAGAGGCGACGAAGGCCGUGACAGAGAUGAAUGGGCGCAUCGUGGGCACCAAGCCACUGUAUGUGGCUCUGGCCCAGCGCAAAGAGGAGCGGAAAGCCAUCCUGACCAACCAGUACAUUCAGCGCCUCUCCACUAUGCGGGCCCUGGGCAGCCCCCUCUUGGGCUCCCUGCAGCAGCCCACCAGCUACUUCCUCCCCGCUGUGCCCCAGCCUCCAGCCCAGUCGCCAUACUAUGCCUCUGGCCCACCCGUCCAGCCUCCCCCCAGGUGGACAGCCCAGCCACCCAGGCCCUCAUCCGCCUACCCACCUGCUGCCUCAGUGGUCCGGCCAGCAGCCGUGUCUCGGCGCCCCUCCGUCCCCAUCAGCAGCUCCAGGCAGGUCUCCAUCCACGUGCCACGCCCGGUGCCCCAGACCCAGGGAGUAGCCAACAUUGGUACCCAGACCACAGGACCUGGCGUGAUGGGAUGUGCUACACCAAGCGGGCCUCUCCUGACCCACAAAUGCUGUUCAGCAACGCACAACAGUCCCAGGGUCCAGGAGCCUGGUGUGCGCGUCCCCAGACAGGAGCCCCUGACCGCGUCCGUGCUGGCUGCAGCCCCGCUCCACGAGCAAAAGCAGAUGAUUGGUGAGCGUCUCUACCCCCUUAUCUACAAUAUGCACACGCAGCUGGCCGGCAAGAUCACGGGGAUGCUGCUGGAGAUUGACAACUCGGAGCUGCUGCUCAUGCUGGAGUCCCCGGAGUCCCUCAGUGCCAAGGUUGAAGAGGCUUUGGCGGUGUUGCAGGCCCACCAGGCCAUGGAGCAAGUGCACGUGCGCUGAGACCAGGUGCGUGGGUGCGGUGGGAGGAUGCUGACAGAGCAGCCGAGCCCACGACCUGUAAGAGCCUGGGAAGGGACACUGACAAGAGUCACAGAGAACCCUGUAGUGUCAACCGGCUUUCUCUGAGGCACCAAGGAGGAGUCCAGGGGUAGCUGUGAUGAUUAAACACAAGGACAGCCUGUGUGAUGGGAACUGCGUGGACUAUGGUGCAGAGCGGAGGGGGCGGCCCACCCUGGCACCCCACUCAGAUAGGUUGGCCUCAUCCUGGGCCCGGCCUGGCCCUGCGCUGCCGGCCUGGCUUGGUCUAGUCUCUGUCCUUACUUGAAGGUGGGGCAUCUGCCAUACUUUAGAAACAAUCAUUUUCUUUUUCCAUCCCCAGAAAAUGGAAUCCUCAGCCCUUGGCUGAUGGACCGACCAGCAUCUCCUGCUCUUGGCUCUAGGGCCUUGGGAACUGUUAACUUCCCCGCUGGGCUGUAUCUGUACUUGAGCUUUUUGUGGAAUGAGGGCUGGUCACCCAGCCAGCCUCUUAUCUGUUGCUUUGUGUAUUAAAAGUGUUGCAAACUC